CUGUGGAGUUUGGGCCAUCACAGCCACCCCCCUCGGUUACGUAAUGACAUGAACACGACCCCCCUUACAUAAAACAUUGCACGGCCUGUCUCAGCGUCGACCAUGGUGUGGUCUCGACAAGAGGUCGCCGACCGUAUCCUCGCCGGAGACACGCUCGUCGUAUACAACGACCGGCUGCUCCGCAUCCCCCAAGCAUGGCUGAACGCUCACCCCGGCGGUUCUCUUGCCAUCCUGCACUUCGUCGGCCGUGAUGCAACCGACGAAAUCGACGCGUACCACUCACAGGACGCGAUGCGUAAAAUUAAUAUGUUCUGUGUCGGAACCGUAGAGACUUCACCUUAUGGUUGGGCGCCAUUCCUGCCACCCGUUAUGUCGGGCUGGAUCCGCAAACAGGCGUCUGAUGGCUCGUUCACGUGGCAUCACGAAGCAUCCGCCAUCCCUGCCUCAAACCUCUCUUCCGGGACCCUUCUCGUCCCCAACCAUACUCCUGGCACUAAACAACAUCAGUCCGGCGGCCCAUCACUUUCUCAUCUGAUUCCCCCUCCCUCGAAUUUAUCCCUUGAAGUUCAGGCCCAACAUUCCGCUGCUUACAAACAGCUCCACGAACGCAUCAUUAAAGCAGGUUUAUAUCAGACUCGUUACCUCUCCGGCUACGGUCCGGAAAUCGCCCGAUACCUCUUCUUGGCCUUCUCUUCCGCUUAUGCGUACUCCAACAAUUGGCUUAUUACAAGCGCCAUUUGCCUUGGUUUCCUAUGGCAUCAACUCGUGUUCACCGUUCAUGAUCUAGGCCAUAUGGGCGUCACCCAUGAUUGGAAUAUCGACAGACUUCUUGCCAUAUUCCUUGCUGACUUCAUCGGCGGUUUGAGUGUAGGAUGGUGGGUGGAUAAUCACAACGUGCACCACCUUGUUACCAAUCACCCCUCACACGACCCUGACAUCGAACAUCUGCCAUUUUUUGCCAUCUCGACUGCAUUCUUCAAUUCUUUAUGGUCCACUUACUACAAACGUGCAAUGACCUUUGACCGGUUCUCCGCAUUCCUUUUGUCUCUACAACACAAACUCUUCUAUAUCUUAAUGGCCUUUGGACGGUUUAACCUCUACGCCAACGCUUAUGGUUUUUUGCUUCGAAAGGCAUUCGAUCAUCGAAAAGCCAAAGGUGGCAGGUGGUCGUGGUGGUUGGAGGUAACUGGCGUCGCCUUUUUUUGGUGUUGGUUUGGAGCCCUGCUUAGGGGAUGUGGUUCAUGGAAGAUGGCCCUCGCCUAUCUCCUCACGUCCCACCUGGUCACCAGCCCCCUACACGUACAGAUCGUCCUGUCACACUUUGCCAUGUCCACUGACGAUCUCGGACCCACAGAGUCGUUCCCGCACCGCCAGCUUAGAACCACUACCGACGUGAUAUGUCCUCCAUAUCUGGCUUUUUUGCAUGGAGGUUUGCACCUUCAAGUCACACACCAUCUGUUCCCACGACUUCCCCGUCAUAACUUGCGGGAAGCCAGCGUCUUGGUCAAGCAGUUCGCUCGGGAACAAGGGCUUUCCUAUGCUGAGUUCGGAUUCAUCGGAGGUAAUCGAGCGGUACUGGGUGUUCUCAAGGCAGUUGCAGAGCAGGCACGGAUAUUGGGGACAGUUGCCGAGAAUGAGAUACAGGGGGCAAUGAAGAAGGUGCAUUGAAGACUAGAUAUAUAUCCGGACACUUAUGUUGGAUACCCGUGCGCCCCUGAUGGCGCGCCCUAACAGAGGAA